AUGUUCCACCCAGGCCUCAUGUCAGCCGCGGCCAUGACCCCGCUUGACUCUGUUCAGAGUGGUAGUCUCCCGCCCGGCUUUGAUCCGGCUUCUUGUCGCAGCGUGUACGUGGGGAACGUGCACACCAAGGUCACGGAGCCCAUGCUUGGGGAUAUCUUCUCCGCGCUCGGCCCGCUGGAGGGUUGCAAGCUCAUUCGCAAGGACAAGUCGUCGUACGGGUUUGUGGAUUUUUACGACCAUCGAUCUGCGCAGGCAGCGCUGCUCACACUCAACGGCCGCCUCCUGUUUGGGCAGCCUAUCAAGGUGAACUGGGCGUAUGCCAGCACUAACCGAGAAGACACCUCAAUGCAUGUGAACAUAUUCGUGGGCGACCUGGGUCCAGAGGUCACAGAUGCCUCGCUCUUCGCCGCCUUCAGCACCUUCCCCAGUUGCUCGGACGCGCGGGUCAUGUGGGACCAUCGGACAGGCCGCUCAAGAGGCUAUGGCUUUGUGUCCUUCCGCAGCCAACUGGACGCAGAGGCAGCAAUAACAGAGAUGACAGGCAAGUGGGUGGGAACCCGGCCCAUUCGAUGCAACUGGGCCACCAAGAACCAAGCCAUGGAUGAUGCUUCCAAGCAGCACCACCAGCAGCAGCAACAGCCAGUGGUGGUGUUGCCACAACAGCAGCAGCAGCAAGCGCAGGCGCAACAACAGGCGGCAUCGCAACAAGCAGUGUUGCAGUCAGGGGCGGAGGGUGCAGAUGAAGGGGCGAAUGGCUCCGUCAAGCACGAGCCAAAAGACAAUGAUUCACAAGGAGCAGCACCAGGGGCGGCCGCAGCCGCUGCUGCAGGGGCCCCGGGCACUGCUGCUGCUGGCGCGGCUGCUGCUGCUGCUGCUGCUGCUGCGGCGGCUGGGGGGCCUGGUACGACGAGCAGUGCACAGUUCACAACAGUCUAUGUGGGCAACUUGGCCUCAGAGGUGUCGCAGACGGAGCUGCACCGGCAGUUCUACGCGCUGGGAGUGGGCAUCAUAGAGGAGGUGCGCGUGCAGCGCGACAAGGGCUUUGGCUUUGUGCGCUACCGCACGCACGAAGAGGCCGCUGCUGCCAUCCAGGCCGCCAAUGGCCGCGUCAUCUGCGGGAAAUCCGUCAAGUGCUCCUGGGGCAGCAAGCCCACCCCCCCCUCCGCCACCACAACCCCUGGCGGCCUCCCCCCACCGCCUCCCGCCCCCCCUGCCUACACCGCCCCUGCGGGCGCGUUUGGCGGCCCGUCUGCUGCUGACCUGCUGGCGUACCAGCGCCUGCGUGCCCUCAUGCCCCCUGCCGCACAAGCAGGCGCCAUGCCCAUGGGUAUGGGCAUGGGCAUGGGCAUGGCUGGGGGGGGAAUGGCGGGCAUGGGGGGGAUGGGGGGAAUGGCUGGGAUGGGGGGGAUGGGGCCUGGGAUGGGGGGAAUGGGGCCGGGUAUGGGGGGGCUGGGGGCGAUGGGGGGGAUGGGAGGGGGAAUGGGGCCGGGAGGGGUGGGGCCAGGGAUGGGGGGUGCAGCAGGGGGGGUGCCUGGGGUGGGAAGUGGAGGGGCAGGGUACGAUGCAUAUCGGGCAGGGUCCGGAAAUAAGGUCUCGAGCUACGUUCGGCGCUUCGCAGCCAUGUGGUCGGCAGCAGCGGCGCCGGCGGGGCCGCGCGGGCCGCUGGUUACGUUCGGCGAUCUGGUGGGCGAUCUAACGGCGGAGGAGACGCGCGAGCGCGUCGAUCGCGGAGAUUUCGACGAUCGUGAGGGAGGAGUUCAAGAGAGGGGUAAGCUGCGGCGGCGACGGCGACGGUCGCAGCAGCAGCAGGAGCAACCAAGAGGGGAGGAUGGAGAUGUCGUCACAGGUUCCUCCGCUCCGUCGUUGCUGCCGCGACCCGCCUCGCCUCCGCUCGCGCUGCCCGCAUCACCGCAUGCAGCGCGCGCCUCCCACGUCACUCGUCACAUGCUCCUCUCUUCCUUCGAGGCAUCGUUGGACGACUUCCGCUCAUCGCUCUUGGAGCCCGGCCAUGCAUGGACGCGCUUCACCGCGCAGAUGCGUGCAGCCCUCUCCUCCGCGGAUCAUCUCCUCCUCUCCGCGCGCUCCUCCCUCACCUCCCUCGCAGCCACUCUCCUGCGCCUGCGCCUCCUCGCCUCCCGAGCUGCCUCCGCCCUCUCCCUCCUCCGCUCAGCCCUGCACUCGUCCCCCGCCUCAUCCCCCUCUUACGCCUCCCCUGCAGCACCUCUUGCCGUCCCUCCGCCUCGCUCUCUGCUUUCCCAGCACCCGUAUUUGCCACAGCGUGCGGUGGAUGAGGCGUCACAGGGUCAAGAGGGGGGGCAGUGCGUGCAAGGAGAGGGGGUUCUGGGCGGUGCAGGUGGGAAUUAUGGUUCGAACGCAAGCUGCAUUGCUGUUGCUCCCGUGCCUGCUCCCGUGCCUGCUCCCGUGCCUGUAGCCCCUCCCACACACUUCCCCGCUCACUCUCUCCCACCAACCACUCCCCUUUCUGACUUUAACACUGCCCUUCCCCCCACCACGGGUGCACCCGCUGCGUCUGCUGCUGCGGCUGCAGUUGCUGCUGCUGCUCUGCCCCCACCGAUGGCUGCACCCUCCUCUGCCCCUCCCACUGCCCUGACACAUGAAACCACCAUGAGUGUCUCGCUUCAGCCAUUCCCCCCCUCCAUGCCUCCCUCUCUCCCUCCCUCCAUGUCUCCUUCCCUCGCUCCCUCCAUGCCUCUUUCUGCUCCCUCUUCUUCCCUUUCACCUCCCAACCCUUCUCUUGCGCCUCCCCUCUCCGCUCCUCCCCUCUCCGCUCCUCCCCUCUCCGCUCCUCCCCUCUCUGCCCCUCCCCUCUCUUGCCCUCCCCUCUCCGCUCCUCCCCUCUCCGCUCCUCCCCUCUCCGCUCCUCCCCUCUCCGCUCCUCCCCUCUCUGCCCCUCCCCUCUCUUGCCCUCCCCUCUCUGCCCCUCCCCUCUCUGCCCCUCCCCUCUCUGCCCCUCCCCUCUCUGCCCCUCCCCUCUCUGCCCCUCCCCUCUCUGCCCCUCCCCUCACUGCCCCUCCUGUCUCCUCAACCCAAGGUGCCCCUCCUACCGCCCCUCCCGCCGUUCCACUUUUUUCCGCUCCCACUGCCCCUGCAUUUUUCAACCCAUCUGCCCGGGCUGCCCGGCCCAAACCCCCAAAGUUCUUUGACGACGGAGAAGAAGCGAACGGCGACGACGCCGAGGAGGAUUGGCCGGAGAACGGCCACGACGACAGCGCUUCAGGCGACAAAUUAGGUCCUGCCGACAUCGAGGAGGACGAAUGGUGGAAUCGGCCGGUCGGGAGCGACGACGAGGUGGAAGAGUGGCGGGCUGGAGAUUCGGACAACGACGGAGGUGAAAAUGCGAAUGGUGACAACGCGGAGGCAGCGGCGGAUGCACAGGAAGCGGCGAUGGAUGCGAAUGAGGAGGCCGAAGACGGCGCGGCCGCAGUUGCGGAUGCGGAUGCUGUGGCAGAGUCGGACACGGUUGCUGCGGAUGCCGUCUUAUUUGAUGGUGAAAGCGGCGACGACGACCCAUGGAGCCUUGGGACAGACGACGACGUUCCGCUACUGAAGCGGAGGCUGCGCCAUCACCUACAGUCCAAGUCGAAGCGGGCCCGCGUGGUGCUCUCUGACGACGACAGUCCGGGGGAGGAGCGUCACCCGAAACUCACCGCUGCGGAGAAGGGAAAAGCCAAGGUCGCAGAAGCCCCUGCUAAGGCCCCUGCUCGUCGCCGCACAAGCAACAAGAAGCGGACAUCCGACGGAGACCCGGGAUCUAGCAAGGGUGCGGCUAAGAAGAAGGCGAAGAAGGCGCCGAAUCCUAACGACAUCGUCGUGAACGAGACUCUGGGCAGCGACAAUGAGUAUGCGGCGGCGGCGGGCCCGGUUCCCACGUUCCCUGAGAAGGUCACGCCGAAGGACCCCACCCUCCAUAAUCCCAACACCCGCCCACCUUCCCCUCGCAGCAAGGACACUACGAGGAAGCGCCGCAGUUGGACCGUGCGUGAGAAGCUUAAGUGGGCGCGUCGCUAUCUGGAGCUCGGCUCCUUGAAGAAGACGAGCGUGGAGUCAACCGCGUCCAUCGCCUGCAUCAGACGCUGGAGAAUCGUGGUCCAAGCACAGGACAACGGGUGGAUGGACGAGAGCGCUGUGCAGACCUGGCUGUCCAAGGAGGUGUUGCCCCAUCUGAACCCCCAGCGCGGCCAGAACGCGAGGCGUGCGAUGCUGGUGUUGGACUCCUACUGCGGUCACAUCACCCAGACCAUGCUUCAAUCGUACCGCACGCACAGCAUCACCCCUGCAAUCAUCCCAGCGGGUUGUACGAGCCAGAUUCAACCCCUGGACGUCUCAAUCAACCGGUGCUUCAAGGCUGCUGUGCGAGUGCGCUACGCAAGGUGGUUCAUGCGUGAGGGGAUUCACCUGAAGACGAAGAAGGGGAACCUGCGGAGGCCGCCGCACCCCGUGGUGCUGCAGUGGAUCGCGGAGGCUUGGGAUCAAGUCCCCAAGCAGAUCAUCAUCGACGCGUUCCGCCACUGUGGGAUCUCAAGCAAGCUGGACGGAACGGAGAACCACCUGGUGAUGUCUCACAUGCGCGCUAGGAGCACCACUGAUGUCUCCGCGGACGUGUCCCUCAGGGGGACCACAGGCGACAACACGCGCCUGCUCGGUCGGACUCCAGAGGAGGAGGAGGAGGAGGAGGAGGAGGAGGAGGCGAUGCAGGCGGAGGGCGUGCGGGAGGUGGCAGUGGCAACCGGCCUGGAGGUGCUGUACCAGGAGACCCCCAACUACCGCGGGGCGGCGGCCGAGGCUGACUGCAUGAUCGAGCCUAGGGAGACGGCUAAGCAUACCUGGGUGUAG